UUCGGGGUUCGAGGCUAUCAUACCUCAUUUUUGAACUGGGACCAUCGUUCUCGAAUAGGCCAGUGAAUAGGCGUGCAACCUAUGCGAAACAAUGGAAAUUACAGAGAGUAAUACCACCACCUUGGCAACUUACCUGAGGGAAACACUUCAGGCGGAGCCCACCACACGACGAAAUGCCGAAAAGUUCCUGGAGCAAGUUGAGGUAAACCAAAAUUACCCGGUUCUGCUGCUGCACCUCGUAGACAAAGCCGACAUCGACAUGGUCAUACGAGUAGCCGGGGCUGUGGUGUUCAAAAACUACGUGAAACGAAACUGGGCUGUGCCCGAGGACGGAGUGGACAAAAUUCACCCGAACGAUCGAAGCAGCGUGAAGGAGAUGGUCGUAGGGCUCAUGCUGCGCAGCCCCGAACAGAUCCAACGGCAACUCAGCGAUGCGGUUAGCAUAAUCGGCCGCGAAGAUUUUCCAGCGCGCUGGCCCAACCUGCUUCCAGAAAUGAUAAAUCACUUUCAAAGCGGCGACUUCCACAUUAUCAACGGAGUGCUUCACACAGCGCACUCCCUGUUCAAGAGGUACCGCUACGAGUUCAAGUCUCAGGAGCUGUGGACAGAAAUCAAGCACGUCUUGGACAACUUCGCGAAACCUCUGACGGACCUCUUCGUUGCGACGAUGGAGCUCGCGAAGACGCACGCGAGCAACCCAACGGCUUUGAAAGUUAUAUUCAGUUCGCUCGUCCUGAUUGCUAAGCUUUUCUACAGCUUGAACUACCAAGACUUACCAGAAUUUUUCGAAGACAAUAUGGAAGUUUGGAUGACCCACUUUCUAACUUUGCUCACGGCUGACAACAAAGUGCUGCAAACUGAUGAAGACGAAGAGGCAGGCUUGCUGGAACAACUCAAGUCGCAGAUCUGUGACAAUGUGGGACUGUACGCCCAGAAAUACGACGAAGAGUUUCAGAAAUAUUUACCAGGUUUUGUCACUGCUGUGUGGCACCUGCUUACGACGACAGGCCCACAAGUAAAGUACGACAUUCUCGUCAGCAACGCCAUCCACUUCUUGUCGUCGGUCGCCGAGCGGCCUCACUACAAGCAACUCUUUGAGGACGCCAACGUCCUCGGCUCCAUCUGCGAAAAAGUGAUUAUCCCCAACAUGGAAUUCCGUGGUUCGGACGAGGAGCUGUUUGAGGACAACCCCGAAGAAUAUGUGCGCAGGGACAUCGAGGGAUCGGACGUCGACACUCGACGUCGUGCGGCUUGCGAUCUGGUGCGAGCUCUGUCGAAGUUCUUCGAACAGAAGAUCACGGAGACCUUCUCUCAGUACAUCACCGCAAUGCUGGGGAUCUACGCCAAGGACCCCGUGAAGAACUGGAAGAACAAGGACGUCGCCCUGUACCUUGUCACCUCCAUGGCGGUAAAAGCGCAGACCGUCAAGUUGGGCACGACGCAGACAAGCGCGCUAGUCAACAUCGUGGACUUCUUCCGCGAAUUCGUCGUUCCGGACCUGCAGAACACGAACCUGCAGGAAGUUCCGGUGCUGAAGGCGGACGCCAUCAAGUACUACAUGGUCUUCAGGAACCAGCUUCCGAAGGAGGUCCUCCUCCAGAGCUUUCCGCACAUCGUGCACCUGCUGCAGGCUCCCAGCUACGUCGUCCACACGUACGCCGCCAGCGCCGUCGAACGUCUCUUCACGAUGAAGGACGGUCAGGGGAAGCCAGUCUUCGCCAGCGCAGACGUUGCAGGAAUCUCGGAGCUUCUGCUGAAGCACCUUUUCCUCGCGUUUGGCCACCGGGGCUCCUCCGAGAACGAGUACGUCAUGAAGGCCAUCAUGAGAACUUUCUCCCUCCUGCAGGAAGCCAUCGUGCCCUAUCUGCCGACCGUGCUUCCGGGGCUGACCACGAAGCUGGCGGAGGUCAGCCGGAACCCGAGCAAGCCGCACUUCAACCACUUCCUGUUCGAAACGUUGAGCCUUUCCAUACGCAUCGCCUGCAAGAAAGACUUGACCGCCGUUGCCGGGUUCGAGGGUACCUUCUUUCCCGUGUUCCAAGAGAUUCUUCAGCACGACGUGCAAGAGUUUGUGCCUUACGUCUUCCAACUCCUGUCGCUCAUGCUCGAGUGCCACUCCUGUCCCGUACCGGACCCGUACAUGGCCCUGUUCCCGUGCUUGCUGGCUCCCGUCCUGUGGGAGCGUCCCGGGAACAUCCAUCCGCUUGUCCGACUGCUUCAGGCCUUCAUAGAACGUGGCUCCGCGCAGAUCAUCGCCUGCGACCGCCUCACCGGUGUCCUCGGCGUGUUCCAGAAGCUCAUUGCGUCGAAAGCGAACGAUCACGAGGGCUUCUACCUUCUCCAGAGCCUGGUCGAGAACAUGGAUGCCGCCGUGCUCAAGCAGUACCUCCGGCAGGUCUUCCUCCUGCUCUUUCAACGGUUGCAGGGUUCAAAAACGACCAAGUUUGUACGCAGCUUGCUCGUCUUCUUCGGGAUCUUCAUCUACCGUUACGGAGCGCAGGCGCUCAUCAGCAUGAUCGACGACAUCCAGGCCAAGAUGUUUGGUAUGGUGCUGGAGAGACUAGUCAUCGCGGACGUCCAAAAGGUCUCCGGACAAGCGGAACGCAAGAUAUGUGCGGUCGGGAUCACCAAGCUGCUCACCGAAACUCCGUCCAUGAUCGAAGGGGGUGCCUACUGCAACUACUGGGGUCCUCUUCUGCAAGCGCUCGUCGACUUGUUCGAGCUCCCCGAGGACGAGAGUAUCCCGGACGACGAGCACUUUGUGGAGAUCGAGGACACCCCCGGGUACCAGACGGCAUACUCCCAACUUGUCUUUGCGGGAAAGAGAGAACACGAUCCGUUUGGGGGUACCAUACCCGAUGCAAGGGUUUACCUUGUUCAGAACCUUCACAAGUUGUCAGUUGCGUGUCCUGGCAGGUUAGGCCCCAUGAUCAACACAUCUCUGCAACCAAAUGCACAAGCCUGUCUGCAAAGAUAUCUGCAAAUGGCUAAUAUACAACUGUCAUGAAAAGAAAAAAAAAAAAAAAGACUGUGUGUGUGCACCUUUUGUAAAUACGUUCGAAGAACUCGAGCUGCACCAGCUUGAGGUAUCUCCAGUCUGUUGCAGAGUGAUUGUUGAACUUGCAUUGCGUGUCAAGAGUCUAGAAAAUGUUUUUUCACUAGUGAUCUUUUACAACAUGAAAAUAAAACUUUGUGCAGAGUA